UGGCAAACAAAAUAUUUACUUUCUUUUUCUUUGGUUUCCGUUACUAUAAUUUCAUGAACACAUAACUGGAAACACGUGUUUUAUUUUACUAUUGAAACAAUAGUUAAUUCUUGAAAUAUAGUGUUAUAUUCAUUAUUUAAAUAUUUGUAUUUAUUUAUUGAAUUAAAACUACUUAGUGUGUGCAAUUUGAUACUACAGUGCUACACUCAAAUAUGAAACGAAAGGAACAAGAAACUUUUACGGAAAUGAAGUCAAAGAAAAUAAAUAAGACUUUAACCAAUUUGAAUGAUGAUACAGUUGCAGAAAAAGUAAGUGUAAAAGCUAUUCAAACUAAGAAACAGGAUAAAACAAAUAAUAUUAAAAAAGAGAAGAAAGUAAACUUUGAAAAACCACUUUUAAAAGAUUCGCCAAAAGUACGUAAAAACAAUUUAAAAAAUAUAAAUAAUUUGAAGAAUUUAAGAAAUAAACAGAAAAUUACUAAAGAUGAUAUAGCAACGCAAAAGGAAAAUUGGAAGGAUUAUAAACAAAAGAAAAAAGAUUUAAGAGAAAAAAGAAAAGAAAGAAAAUUAACUGAUGUAUAUGAAAUUUCUAUUCGAGCUAAGAAAAUAAGUGAAAAAUUACGUAGAACUGAUUGUUCAUUAGUAGAAAAGAAAAAAUUGAGUAAAGAACUGCACGAAUUAUUAAAAUCCCAUUAUAACAAAAUAGUAUUUACUCAUGAUACAUCACGUAUAAUUCAAUUGAUAAUCAAGAAUUGUGAACCUGAUAUACGAAAUGCUAUAUUUGAUGAGUUAAAGCCAUCCCUUGUAGCUAUGACUCAAUCAAAAUAUGCUAAGAAUUGCGUUAAGGUUUUAUUAGAAAAUGGAUCUGCAGUAUUAAGAAAGAAUAUUAUCUCAGAAUGGUAUGGAAAUGUAAUUAAUUUAAUGAGUCAUAUUGUUUCUGCUCCUCUUAUCGAACUUGCAUAUUCUACUUGGACUACGCAUGAAGAUAAAAUAAAUUUGAAACAAGAAUUUUAUGGUGAUCUAUAUAAGAAAUGUAAAGAUAAAAAUGUAAAGGUUCUUACGGAUGCUUUUAAAAAUGCAGAUGAUAUGAAAUCUGCAAUAUUAUCUGCUGUAAAAACGAAUAUAACUAGAAUUUUAAAUAAGAAAUUUAUUAAUUCUGUGCUACUUCAAACUGUGAUUUGGGAAUAUUUGACUAAUUGUUCAAAUACAGAUAGAAGUGAAAUGAUAAUAAUGUUAAGAAAUGAAAUAGUAGAAUUAUGUAGAACAAAAAUUGGUACUAAGGUUGCUAUGCUUUGCAUAUGGCAUGGAACUAACAAAGACAGAAAAAUAAUUAUGAAAGCUCUCAAAGAAAAUGUUAAAAAUAUUGCCAUGUCUGAACACGGGUAUAUGGUAUUACUGGCACUCAUUGAUUCUGUCGAUGAUACUGUUUUAAUGAAAAAGAUAAUACUCUCUGAAAUUCAACAAAAUUUAACAGAAAUAGCAUUAAAUGAAUACGGGAAACAUGUUAUUUUAUAUCUUGUAGCAAGAAGAGAUCCUCAUUAUUUUCCACCAAGUAUAGUAGAGUGCUUAAGUCAAGGAGAUAAUAAUGAAUCUAGCAAAAAAUCAGCUAAUAUUAGAGCGAAAGAACUUCAUGAAGCUGUUAUAGACAUAUACUUAGAAUCAAUUGCUUCGGAAACAGCAAAUUGGCUUUCAAAAGGACCUGUUCUAAUGGUUACUCUUGCGAUAUUAAAAUCAGGUUCUGGAGAAAAAUUAAAUUGUGCUUUUAAAGCUAUCGCUUCUUUUCUUACCAGUACAGAAUCUGAACAAGAUCUUAUAGAGCAUCCAGGUAUACAUAUGAUAUUAAAGAAACUUAUUCAGAAUGAUAAAAACUUAGAAACCAAAGGAGAAACUACUUUUGGAGCAACAUUAAUUGACUGUUUAACAAUGAAUAUUCUGGAACAAUGGAUAAAAUUUAAUAGAGGUUGCUUUUUAUUAAUUUUAUUAAUAGAAAAUGAAACUGAAACAGUUAUUAGUAAUUUACUAUUACAAUUGCAAGCAAUAUUGCAAAGCAUCGAAAAAGAACAAACUGCAGGAGCGUCAAUUUUACUUAAAAAGUUGAAAGAGAAAAACUGAAUUUGAAAUAAUUGUUAUAUGUAUAUAUAAUGGAUUUAACCAAAUAAAGGUUUUAGAAAAAUAGGUUUUAUACUGAUAA